AUGGAGUCCAAUCAAAUGCCGUCGCCGGAAACAUUGACAGCAAAAGAAAAAAUAAUUCGUAUUACUGUAAAUAGUGUUAUGCAAGGAGUGAAACAAACAAUUAUUGCGAUUCCUGAAGGAGUUACUGUAUUGAGCUUGAAAAUCGCAAUUGAACAAACUACAGAUGUUACUGUAGAUAAACAAGUUUUGCUGUUCAAAGGAAAAGAAUUGAAGUUGGUUUGAACUAAAAAUGAUACAUUUUUAGCUUCGAAAAAUGUUGUGAAGUUUCUUUUAAAAAUCUAACAUUUUAGAAAUGACGAUGAACCAAUAUCAACUUAUGGAAUUGUUGAUAACUCAAUAAUUACAAUGAAUGUUAAAAUGAGCACUGGAUUAGUUAUGUAAGUUUUAUGCGGAAUCGAAAAAUAAAUUUUUUUUAAUAGUUAUGCAUUUUUCUGAAAAAAUAACUCAAAAUUAGUGAAUUUCUGAACAGUCAACUCACAAUCAGAAUUUAGAAAAAAAAUUACAGUAUUCAGAAAUAAAAAUUGUCUUUUUUAUUUGCCACGUCAUAACUAUUUUGAGGAAAUAGUUACGAGUACUGUAGAUUAUUCACAAUUAUAUUAUUUUUCAGAAAGCCAACCGCAACUGAUUUCAUAUUUCUGGCUCCAACAAUUCUACCCGAAAAUCAAGAUCAAUUGCGAAAAACAAUUCGAGGAAUGAAUUCGGUCACCAAAAAGCCGAAGAAAAUGAGCGACGUUGAUGAAACUGCAAAAGUUUGGACACCUGAAAAACAAUUAGAAGCUGAAUUGACAAGAAAUCGAAUGAAAACAUUGUUGAGAAGAAAAAAACAGAAUCCGAUUUUAUCAAAUGGCGGAACACCUGUUGAUUCUGAACCAACUUCUGUUCAAUCGUCAGUUUCCAAGUUUUUGAAAUCCAAAAUUACUCAAACAUUUUCAGAUAUUCUCCGAUUGCAACUCCUCCAUCUGAACUCGCUUCACCAGUUCCAUUGGGAAGUUCACAAAAAAUGGCUGAAAUUGAGGAUGCUCCGAUAACUGAAAAAGAAAUGAAAUUGUAUUUCGAACCAUCUGAAACAAUUGAAGAAUAUCGGAGAAAUCGAAGAAAUUUAUAUCUUCCUCCAAGUAAUUUGAACGAACUUCAAAAAUAUUUGGAUAAGUUUGCAAUUGAUCGAAAAACAAAGUGUAACGUAAGAAAUGUUUCGAAAAAAAUUUUUUUCCUGAAAAACUAUGUUUAGCUUUGCCUCAAAAAACUAUCGGCUGCUCAACAAACAAUGCACUGUAAAUGCAAGAAGUUGUAUUGUGAUCGACAUCGGAAUCCAGAUCAACAUCUUUGUGUAAUUGAUUAUAAACAAGAUGGAAGAAUUAAACUCAAAAAGGUUUUUUCUUGCUGGAAAUCAGAUAAAAAAUAUAAUUUAAAUUUUCAGGAAAACUCGAAAUGCGGUGAAAAAGGAGAAAGAAAGGCGAAAUUUGUUGAACCCGAGGAGAAAUCUAAGAGCAAAUAA